CUUACUUAGCCGUCCCUGCGCUCGCAGCCCUUCAUUCUCCGCCAUGGCAUCCUGGUCGUCUAGUUUACCGUCAGGCGCGCUGCGCGUCCUUUCGCUGUGUCUGCUGGCGCUACUGCCUGUGUUUAUGGCCGAUCGCGGGAUGCUGGUUGGGGGGUGGCGCGACCGCUCGGCCUCUGAUCCGGACGUGCAGAAGGCCGCUGCCUUCGCCGAGGAUGCCUACAACAAAGCCAGCAACAGCCUCUUCUACUGCCGAGCGGAGGAGAUCCUGAAAGCGCAGAGUCAGGUGGUGGAAGGCAUAAAGUACUAUCUGAAGAUAUCGCUGGUGAACACACAGUGUGAAAAAACUGCCCGGAGAGGAUUGACGCACGUGGAUCUGGGACGAUGCACGAUGCCCCCAGAGGCAGAGCAGCAGAAACAAAUAUGCAAAUUCUACAUCUGGAGCCGUCCUUGGCUGAAUGACACACGUUUGUCAGACAUGAGCUGCGGACCAGCUAGUUCCUGAGUCUCUUGCCUGGGAGCCUGCAGGAAGAGUGCAACGCAACUUGCCUGUGGCCACUACAAAAUGCAUUCAGACCAGUAUAAUUAUUGUUAAUUAGGCCAAGCUGCCUUAAUUGCCUCCAGGAUUCCCCACGCAGAGUUGAGAAGCAGGAGUUUGGAGUCUCACAUGGAAACUCAAGAAGAUAGAUUGUGUGGCAUCUUGUUCUUGUCUGUCAAGAAUGUAAUGAUGGAACUGCUUAUUUCUCUCACCCACCCACCCCUUGUAUACCUGCUGGAAUCUUGAACUUAGAAUAAAAUACAGAAGGGUCCUCCUGUUCUGUCCUCACAACAGAAUAGCCCAGUGCUUUUUGUGUACUGUUUGCAGAGUAUUAAUUAGAGAAGGGCCUAAUGAUCUUUUCCCUAAUCUUGGAUCUGGAGUGAGAAGGGAUGCCCCUUUUCAAAGACAGAGGCUCUUGGGCAGGUGCUGGUUUAUCUUUGGGUUGUAGAAAUCUUUUGCCAAUUACUGAUUUUGCAGCUGGUGUUAGUACUUGCUCAGUGAUGCUCUGUAUGUGUGCUAUGCCUGAUUCUUCAACUGGAUUUCAAAGAGUCAAAACAGAUGAAAUACCAAGAGAUCAGCCAUCUGAUCUUCCCUGUGUGUUCUAAACUAAAUGACAGCUGCCUGGGGGCUCUGAUUCAGGUUGGCACUGUCCAGGGCAGGGAGAGGUGUGUCCCAGUUGCAGCUUCACAUCUGUAAAAUGAAGUCACCGGGGGAAAACAGUACUCACUCAACAAGAAUGUGAUAAUGAGAAUUGUGGAAAGUGGAGCCCUUUAAAACACUUUGGAAAAUGUAAAUCCCUCAGAAUCCUGUUGAAUAACUAUUGAGGACAAAGGUGCUUUUCCAGAAACAGAGAUGGCAACCUCAGAUACAGCUAUCCAAUGUGCAUUCUGGGAUUUGAACUGAGUGCUCUUGGCUCAAGUGGGACUUGCUCUCUUCCUUUCAAGUAAAUCGGUUAUCGUUCAGCAUUUGUGUUCUUUGUCUGCAAAAUCUGGUCAAUAAUUACUUUAAUUCACAGAGAUGUAGGGAAGAGUAGGAGUACCACUUAAGCACUUCAUGCACCAAGCUAGUAUUGAGGUUGGGCUGUGGCUUAGAGAUUAAGCAUCUGCCCUGCAUAUGAAAGGUCACAGGUUCAAUACUCAUCGUCUUCAGCUACAACAGGAGACUCUAGAGAGUUGCUGCCAGUUAGAGGAGACAAUAUUUUCCUUGACAGUUCAAUGGUCUUACCUGAAAGCAGGCAUCCUCAUGUGACCAUUAGUCUUAUUAAUAUUUUUCUCAUUUAAAAUUGGGCAUUCUUCCCUCACAGUGUAGCAGUUAUGAGCUAUGAGCCACAAAGUACCUGGUUCAAAUCUCAACUUGCUGAGAACGCACUAUUUGUGCUUUCCCAGGCUCAGGCCUCUCAUGCAAUACAGGGAUUUCUACCUUACAGAGGUGUUGUAUGGAUUACUUGGAAAAUAUCUGUGAAAAUGUUUGAAAUAUGAAAAAUAUUAAAUGCAACUGUUUCAUUUA